GCCCAGCGCCAGGUGCCCGCAGCCCGGCCCCGUUGCUCUGCGGGGAGAACAUUGUCUGCGUCCAGCAGCUGCGGGAAGAGAGCCGGGCCCCGCUGCUGACCCUCCGCCCGGGCGGGGCGGGAAUGGACAGGGCGGGUCUGGGGCUUGCUCGGGGCCGCAGAUUUCCCCAGCGCGUUGUUCCCGGCGGGGGUGGGGACGGAGCGGGCUCCUGGCCGAUCGGAAGCAGCUGAUUCCCCCCACCCCGCUCCUCCCGGUUUUGCGGAUGGAAUUGAAGGCGGGGUGCUGAAGUUGCCGAAGCCUGCCUGGAUCCUCCCCUCCGCCCCUCGGACAAACCAUGCGGGAUCUAGCGAUCGAGAUCGGGAUACGAGUGCUGCUCUUCGGUGUCUUCGUUUUUACAGAGUUUUUGGAUCCAUUCCAGAGAGUUAUCCAGCCAGAAGAAAUCUGGCUUUAUAAAAAUCCUUUGGUACAAUCAGACAACAUACCUACACGCCUCAUGUUUGCAAUUUCAUUCCUCACACCACUGGCUGUCAUUUUUGUGGUGAAAAUAAUCCGGCGGACAGACAAGACUGAAAUUAAAGAAGCCUUCUUAGCUGUUUCCUUGGCUCUCGCUCUGAAUGGAGUCUGCACAAAUACUAUUAAAUUAAUAGUGGGGAGACCUCGUCCCGAUUUCUUUUACCGCUGCUUUCCAGAUGGAGUAAUGAACUCUGAAAUGCACUGCACAGGUGAUCCAGAUCUGGUGUCCGAAGGCAGAAAGAGUUUUCCGAGUAUCCACUCUUCUUUUGCAUUUUCAGGCCUUGGCUUUACGACCUUCUACUUAGCUGGAAAGUUGCACUGCUUCACUGAAAACGGCCGAGGGAAAAGCUGGAGGCUUUGUGCAGCAAUUCUGCCUCUGUAUUGUGCCAUGAUGAUUGCCCUGUCACGCAUGUGUGAUUACAAGCAUCAUUGGCAAGAUGCUUUUGUCGGAGGAAUCAUUGGCCUAAUUUUCGCUUAUAUUUGCUACAGACAGCACUACCCACCUUUGGGUAACAUGGCUUGCCAUAAACCUUACGUCAGCCUCCUAGUUCAGACCUCAACGAAGAAGGAAGAGAGACCCACAGCAGAUAAUGCUACCGGCCUGCCUCUAGAGGGAAUAACUGAAGGACCAGUAUGACUAAUAAAUGUGCACAAUGAACUUCUAGCCCUUCUCACAUUCCUCCAAACUGGUCUCUUAACAUGAUGUUUCCUACAGUACAUUUGGGCGAUGAUUUUUUUUUAAAGAUAUUAUUUUUCAUACAGUAACAUCCUCUUACUUUUAAGGUUCAGUUUUCAGUACAUACUGUUUUGUCCAGCUGUCUGUUUUCAGUCCGUUGCCAGAGCAAAAAAAAAAAAAAAAAUCCAGAGAGGAAACAAGCGUCAAUAGAGAGAACAUGCCAAAUCCAAGUUAGUUAACUGAAUAGUUUUGAAAGAGAGGUAUUUGAAGAUACAGUCAAUCUGAAAACAGUGGAUGUAGAUUGUCCUCAACUGUCGGUGACUUCAGUGGGUGUUGAGUGCGGUCCUCACUUUCAGGAGGUUUUCAGCAACUGCCAUAAUCAGCCCUUGGUCUGUUUCUUUAUAUAAUUUGAUGUGUAAGGGGCAACCUCCUUAUGUUUAUGUUGUGGUCUUCUAACAUAAUAAAUCUUCCACAUGAUGUGAAUGCUUUGUGCUAGUUGUCAAGUUUUGGCAGGGUUAUUCUGAGCUGGUAAUUAAACAGUUGCUGAAGUGUAUGAAGAGCAAGAGUCUGAAAAGAGCCAAGUCUACUCACAUCAAGGGUUUUGGAGGAUGAAGCUGACAGCAGAGUGAGCCAAAUCUGUGGAAAUUGUCAGCUUGCAAUAACAUAUGUUCAUAGGCUGGAUUAGAAACUGGGUAGUAAAAUAUUAGUAUUUUUUUCUGAGAGCUCGGGCAGUAAUUAUUUUCAAAAUUGAAUGAAACCGCAGCAACUCCCACGACAUACAACAAGCUGCAAUCUUAAAAACAAACAAACAAGCAAAAAUCUUAAAACUGCGCAGUUGAAGAAACACCAUGUUUUCUGUGAAUCUCAAUGUGCCACAGCUGUCCUGGUAGAACUGUCUCCAAUGAGACACUCCAGCAUUGGUUGUGAUCUUAAGGAAUGUUUAGACUUUGGUUCAUGAGCAUUGGUUUCACAUGUAUGAAUGCUUCCAUCAGUUUCCAGCACUGUAAUAUGCCUGGCUGAAUUCUGAGAAAAAUAUUCCACUUGCUCAUUUCCCCAUUUUCAAUUCAUCAUAUUCCUAAGCCUAGCGUUUGUAAGGGUCAUCUUGCCGCCUGAUCCAAAGCCCAUUAAGUCAAUGGGAAUCAUUUCAUAGUAAUCUAGUAGGCUUUCGAUGAGGUGCAGAGGAGGUAACCAUGUGUCUGACCAACCUAUGUUAGUUUAUUUUUUUUAGGUUCAUGUUUCCAUUCAUUAUUCAUGCACUAUGACAUAUUAAAAACAUAUCACACUCCAGUGAAAUGAUGUACCGUUGAAUGGCAAAGUGUCAGCUUCCAGCAUUUCCUUUAAUAGAUGGAUUAGAAAAGAGCAGGUAAAAUGUUCUAAAAAUCACAUCCUGACAGUUGAACAUUUCUGAGCUAGAUCAGCUCGUUAAGGUGAUCAUAACCGCUUUGAUCAACAAUAUCCAUUAUGGUGCUUUAGACUGGAGGAGACCGGUGCCAUAGCUACCUUAUAACUGUGUUCCUGUUGGAAUAUGUAUUGGCCUUGUAGGCGUUUUGUGAUUCAAAAAAGCUGUGUGUCUCAGUGUAAAGGCUUGUCAUUUAUUUUUGUCAAAGGUACACUUUGUAGAUUUUUUGAGAAGAGCUAUUCCCUGAUUGGCAACACUUGAAUUUUUAUAGAAGAAAAAGAAGUUAUGAACCCUUUUUCUAAAUAAAAAAAAUAUGCAUGCAAAAGAAUACUGCCAAACUCAUUUAAUGAAAACAUAUACAAAAUUGUGAAAUAUACAUGAAUAGGAAAUUACCUUAUGGAAAAGCCAUAGAAAAUGUAAUAGGGAUGAGACCAAUAGGGGUUCUAUAGAAAUUAGGCCUGGUCUAUACUGGUGCUAUAGGCCCUAGUGUAGAUACAAUUAUACCAGCAUAACUGUUUUUAUAUGCCACUAUAGCUUAUGCCAGUUCCUUAAACUGACAUAAAUUAAACCAAUAUAAGCAUAGCUGUGCCGGUUUAACUGCAUCCUCACUAGGAGGGUUUUCCCAGUAUAGCUUUAUCAACAAAACCCAGUUAUGGUAGACCAGUCAUUACUCUAGAAACCUAGGCAAAUGUAAUAAAGAUUUCUCUCCUUGCUAUAGAGUUUUUACACCAUUCUAUAGAAUUCUGUAUCAGGGAUAUAAUUUUAUAUAGGAUGAUUGAAAAAAACUAGCAAAGUUAUCGUUUCUAUAAAUUCUGUAUGAUUUUUCCAUUAGUUUUGUCUUUUAAUGGAAAAACUUGGCCUCUGGCAUGUAUGCAAAUCUUAAAAAAAUUCUUAAACUCAAAUUGAAAGUUUAUUAUUGAGGUUUAGUGCAUUUUACACAUUUUUAUAUAAAUCUGGUGUAUUCUUAAAAAAUGAGUAGGGCCUCCUAAAUGUGCUGUAAAAAUUCCCACUAUUUUAAUGAACUUUGAUACAAGUUAGCUAUAUUCCCCUUGUUGUUUGGGAUGAGAAACUGACACAGCACUUAGAAGAAACACAACUGUGAAAAUGCUGGAAUAUGAAAUGUGCACCAUAAAUACUUAUAUUGAAAGAUAAAUGAG